AUGGAGGACUACCACGUUAAUCCUCAAUUUAAAAUGGGGGCAGCUCCUUUCAAAAACCAACCGUCUUCCAGCGGAGGUGCUGUCGCUCCAGCUACCCUCCGAAUGAUGGGCAGGCAGCAGCAGCAACAACAACUACAACAGCCUCCAAUAAACCAGAAUUACAAUUAUACUACUAAACAGCCUACACAGCCUUUAAUGCCACCAGUAAGUAUCCCAAAUGGUAAGAAUAGUAAUGGUGAAUCUAAAUCAUCUGCAUCAAAACCUGAAAUCAAACAAUUCCAUAGGAAGUCAUUGGGUGAUUGGGAUUUUUUGGAAACUGUUGGUGCAGGUUCAAUGGGUAAAGUGAAGUUAGCCAGGCAUCAUCAGACUAAUGAAAUCUGUGCGAUUAAAAUCGUUAAUAGAGCAACUAAGGCUUAUCUGCAUAAAGAGCAAUCUUUAGCACCUCCAAAGAACGAAAAUGAAAUGUUAGAAAGACAAAAGAAACUUGAAAAGGAAAUUUCGAGAGAUAAGAGGACCAUUAGAGAGGCAUCUUUAGGUCAAGUACUAUAUCAUCCUCAUAUUUGUCGUCUAUUUGAGAUGUGUACGAUGUCGAAUCAUUUUUAUAUGCUCUUUGAAUACGUCUCAGGAGGCCAAUUAUUAGAUUAUAUUAUUCAACAUGGUUCUUUAAGAGAACAUCAUGCAAGAAAAUUUGCUAGAGGUGUCGCAAGUGCUUUACAAUAUUUACAUGCAAAUAACAUUGUCCAUAGAGAUCUGAAAAUUGAAAAUAUUAUGAUUUCCACUUCUGGUGAAAUCAAAAUUAUUGAUUUUGGUCUUUCAAAUGUUUUCGAUACGAGAAAACAAUUGCAUACGUUUUGCGGUUCUUUAUAUUUUGCUGCUCCUGAAUUACUGAAAGCAAAUCCAUAUAUUGGUCCAGAAGUAGAUAUAUGGUCAUUUGGUGUCGUCUUAUAUGUCCUCGUUUGCGGGAAAGUUCCCUUUGAUGAUGAAAAUUCAAGUGUCCUGCAUGAAAAAAUUAAACAGGGUAAAGUCGAAUAUCCAAACCAUUUAUCAAUCGAAGUUAUUUCUCUUCUUUCUAAAAUGUUAGUAGUAGAUCCAUUGAAAAGGGCAAAUUUAACUAAAGUUAUAGAGCAUCCAUGGAUGAUUAGAGGUUAUGAUUUCCCACCUCCAUCAUAUCUACCGAAGAGAAGUCCAAUGACUCCAGAAAUAAUUGAUGCACAUGUUAUCAAGGAAAUGUAUCGUUUGGAAUUCAUUGAUGACAUUGAAGAAACUAAAAAAAUUCUCAUAAAAAUUAUUACGGAACCUGAAUAUCUUGAAUUGUCAAGACAAUACUGGUCAAUUGUGGAUGAACAUAAAAAUAGCAUAAGUGGUAAUACCAGCAUUAAUAGCAGUAAUAAUAACAAUAAUAAUUAUAAUCUACCAGAUCCAACUCAAGCAUAUCAUCCGCUACUGUCCAUGUAUUACUUGGUCUCAGAAAUGAUGGCACGCAAACUCGCUAAAUUACAAAAGAGACAGGCAACGGCUGCAGCUGCAGCUAUGCCUCUGCCACCUUCUACUGUUACAACCUCCAUUUCUCCAGUUACAACGUAUAAUCAAGAUCAAGACAAAACUCCCACAGAUAAAAUACCUUCCAAUCCACCAAAUUAUCGAAACAAUAUUCCACAGCAACUAAGAAGCCCAUUGCAAUCGAAUGUAAAGGACCCAAAUAAACAACAGACAAAUACCACACCAGCUGUGAAGUCCACGCCUAGCAAUACUAAUGGUCAAGGAAAACCUUUACAAAUCCUGGUACCACCAAAAUUGGCAAUGCCAGAGCAAGCGCAUACUUCUCCAACCACGAGAAAAUCAUCUGAACAACACGAAAAUAUACAAGGUACCUUGAUACAGGAUCAAGGCAAUAAUGCAUAUCAACAACAAGCCCAUCAACAACAGCAACAACAAAGCAACAGUUCCCCGGUUGAAACACAAGAUAAGUUAAAGUCCUUCGGUGGCAUCUUGAGGAGAUUAUCACAACGUAAUCGUCAUCCACAACAGCAAUCUCCUUCACCAUUGCCUCAAGCUCUUCAGCUAGAUUUGAAUACAGAACUUCCAAAAAAUAGCAAUAAUAACAAUGGAAUUAAUAAGAAGACCCAUUCGCGUACUGUAUCUGAAUAUGCCCCUAAUGUAUCAAGAUAUCCAACUUACGGUACAUAUACCGCCAACACCAACAAUGUUGUCAUUACACCACCAAUGAGGUCUGCAUCGCAAAGACAGAGGAAACAAAAUGAAUUACCUGCGUUGCCUCCGAAUGCUCAGACAUUAGUUCAGGAACAACGCGAAAAGCAAGUAGAAAAAGAUAUGAUGAGAUUGAAAGUUAACGAUAAACAUAUCGGUUCUAGUGUCGAAAGUCCAAGAAAUGCUAAUGAAGAAAAUAAUUUAGAACCAGAAGAUUCUGACGAUAAUAAUAAUACGCUACCUCCGCUCAAUAUAAAUAAAAACCGUAGAUAUCAUCCAAGUGCAAGAGCAAAAUCAGUUGGCCAUCAGCGUAGAGAGUCAUUAAAGUUCAUGAGACCUGCUGUACCAGCAUCUCAGGAUGUUGAUGAUCAUGGGUUUUUGGAAAAUAGUGACGAUAAUAGAUCAGAAAAUGUAAAUAACAAUUCCGUGGAAAAUAAAGAUUUAAACGAACUAACCGAUGAAGAAAUUUUGGCUGAAGCAUCAAAAGCACCUGCUGGAUCAAUGCCAUCCAUCGAUUACCCACGUUCACUAUUCUUAAAAGGAUUUUUUUCCGUACAAACAACGUCAUCAAAACCUCUGCCAAUUGUUAGAUAUAAAAUAAUAUCAGUACUUAAAGAUUUGAACAUUCAAUUCAAAGAAGUGAAAGGUGGUUUCAUAUGCAUCAAAAAUUUCAACAAAAAUGAUAAACCAGCAAUGAUAACGACUGGCCACAUGGAUCACAAGAGACAAAGAUCGAUAUCAAGACAGGGUUCUAUUAGACAAACGCAGGGGCAACAACCAAAUAUACCAAUGACACCCAUGGGAAACAAUUCAACAUUUCCACAAGAAUUAUCCAUGGCAUCAAUUGAUGAUAUGAAUAACGUCAAUGCAGAUGACAUAUUAACCACGUCGAUAGCUCAAGAUGUUAAUAACCAUAUGAAUAACGGCAUGUUGAAAGAAAGGUCACCAAUUAAGUUUGAAAUCCACAUUGUUAAAGUUAGAAUUGUGGGAUUAGCUGGUGUCCAUUUCAAGAAGGUUAGUGGUAAUACGUGGCUUUAUAAAGAAUUGGCAUCACAUGUGUUAAAAGAACUGAAUCUAUAA